UCGCCCCUCCCCCUCCGCCAAGUGCCGUUUCGGUUUAAUCUAGUGUGUGCCUGAGUCUGUGUGAGGGAGCGAGAUGUGUAUGUGAGGUGUCGGGGGUGAGGCGGAGGCUAGGAAAGGGGCUCCCUCGGGGACGAGGGACAAAGGGGAAGGUGAGGCAACCUCGGCCGCGGAGCCCGGGCGACGGGAAGCCGCCCCGAGCCGGGCUACCGGAUAGGGCAAGGGCCCGCGCAGUCCUCCCAGGGCGCCAGAGCCGGCGUCGGCCCCUCAGGCUCGGGCGGUCGGCUUCCUACUUCCUUGCGCUCCCGGCUCGCGGGCCCGAAGAUUGGCUGCGCGGGUGGGCGGCGGUGAGGAGCAGACGCGAGUCGCCCCGGGUGUCUGGCGAUUCCCCCGCUGAGGAACUCUCAUUUCUUCCCUCGCUCCUUCCCCCCCCCCCCCACCUCAUGUAGGAGGGCGCUGAGGAGGCGAGAGGGAGGAGGAGCCUGGCCUAAGGUCCCUUCCCUCCCCACCCCCGGCUAGGGCUUCUUCGGUGGGCGUGGAGUUGGGGUUGGGGGGGAGGGUGGGGCUUCCUGGAGUGCCGGGGAACUUUUCCCCCUUCUUCAGGCUCGGGGAAAGGGAAUGCCCAAUUCAGAGAGACAUGGGGGCAAGAAGGACGGGAGCGGAGGCGCUUCUGGAACUUCGCAGCCGUCCGCGGGAGGUGGCAGCUCCAACAGCAGGGAGCGUCACCGCUUGGUGUCGAAGCACAAGCGGCAUAAGUCCAAGCACUCCAAAGAUGCGGGGCUGCUAACCCCCGAAGCGGCAUCUUUGGGUACAGUGAUCAAACCUUUGGUGGAGUAUGAUGACAUCAGCUCUGAUUCAGACACCUUCUCGGAUGACAUGGCCUUCAAAGUAGACCGCAGGGAGAACGACGAACGUCGCGGAACGGAUCGGAGUGACCGCCUGCACAGACAUCGUCACCACCAGCACCGGCGGACCCGAGACUUGCUAAAAACCAAACAGACUGAAAAGGAGAAAAACCAGGAAGUCUCCAAAUCUGGAUCUCUGAAGGACCGGCUAUCAGGAAGUUCAAAGCGUUCAAUGGACGGGAAUGAUGACUACGGGAAGGCACAGGUAUCCAAAAGCAGCAGCAAGGAAUCCAGGUCAUCCAAACUCCACAAGGAGAAGACCCGGAAAGAGCGUGAGUUAAAGUCUGGACACAAGGACCGGAGUAAGAGUCAUCGGAAAAGGGAAACACCCAAAAGUUACAAAACAGUGGAUAGCCCAAAACGGAGAUCCAGGAGUCCCCAUAGGAAAUGGUCUGACAGUUCCAAGCAAGAUGACAGCCCUUCAGGAGCUUCUUAUGGCCAAGACUAUGACCUUAGCCCCCCAAGGUCUCACACUUCUAGCAAUUAUGACUCCUACAAGAAGAGUCCAGGGAGUACCUCAAGAAGGCAGUCAAUCAGCCCACCUUACAAAGAGCCUUCUGCUUACCAGUCCAGCACUCGGUCACCCAGUCCCUACAGUAGACGACAGAGGUCGGUGAGCCCCUAUAGCCGGAGACGGUCAUCUAGCUAUGAAAGGAGUGGCUCUUACAGCGGGAGAUCACCCAGCCCCUAUGGUCGAAGGCGAUCUAGCAGCCCUUUCUUGAGCAAGAGGUCUCUGAGUCGGAGUCCAAUCCCCAGUAGGAAAUCCAUGAAGUCCAGAAGCAGAAGUCCUGCAUAUUCAAGACACUCAUCUUCUCAUAGUAAAAAGAAGAGAUCCGGGUCACGCAGCCGUCAUUCCAGUAUCUCACCCGUCAGGCUUCCAUUGAAUUCCAGCCUGGGAGCUGAACUCAGUAGAAAAAAGAAGGAAAGAGCAGCUGCUGCAGCAGCAGCAAAAAUGGAUGGAAAAGAUUCGAAGGGUUCACCCAUAACUUUGACUAAAAAAGAUAAAGUUGAGGUGAAGGAGUCAGGGUUAGAGUCUAAAAAGUUAUCCAGAGGUAUAAAGUCAGAAAAGUCUACCCCAGAUACUGAACUGGUAAAUGUAGCACAUUCAAACACAGAGGUAAAAAAUUGUUUAGAUACAGGGAAAGUUAAAUUGGAUGAGAACUUGCAGAAGCAUCCUGUUGUUAAGGAUUUGAAAGCACAGGGAACAAAAGACGCUAAACCUGUAGCACCAAAGGAGGUGAUUGUUACUUCAAAGGAGACAGAGACAUCAGAAAAGGAGGCCCUUCCACCUCUCCCCACAAUUACUUCUCCACCCCCUUUGCCAUCUACUACCCCUCCACCUCAGACGCCCCCUUUGCCACCUUUGCCUCCACUGCCAGCUGUUCCACUGCAGCCGCCUCUGCCUCCUCCCCAACCACCAUUUAGUCAAGUUCCUGUUUCUAGUUCUUCAACUUUACCCUCUUCUCCUCACUCAAGGACAUCUACUCUAUCCUCUCAGACAAAUUCUCAGCCCCCUGUACAGGUUUCUGUGAAGACUCAAGUAUCUGUAACAGCUGCUAUUCCACACCUGAAAACUUCAACAUUGCCUCCUCUGCCCCUCCCUCCCUUGUUACCUGGAGAUGAUGAUUUGGAUAGUCCAAAAGAAAUGCUUCCGUCAAAACCUGCAAAGAAAGAGAAGGAGCAGAGGACUCGCCACUUACUCACAGACUUGCCUCUUCCUCCUGAGCUACCAGGUGGAGACCCAUCUCCCCCAGAUUCUCCAGAGCCAAAGGCGAUUACACCUCCUCAACAACCAUAUAAAAAGAGACCAAAAAUUUGUUGUCCUCGUUAUGGAGAAAGAAGACAAACAGAAAGUGAUUGGGGAAAGCGAUGCGUAGAUAAGUUUGACAUUAUUGGGAUUAUUGGAGAAGGAACCUAUGGCCAAGUAUAUAAAGCCAAGGACAAAGACACAGGAGAACUAGUAGCUCUGAAGAAGGUUCGGCUAGACAAUGAGAAGGAGGGCUUCCCAAUCACAGCCAUCAGGGAGAUCAAAAUCCUUCGUCAGUUAGUCCAUCGAAGUGUUGUUAACAUGAAGGAGAUUGUCACAGACAAACAAGAUGCACUAGAUUUCAAGAAAGACAAAGGUGCCUUUUACCUUGUAUUUGAAUAUAUGGACCAUGACUUAAUGGGACUGCUAGAAUCAGGUUUGGUGCACUUUUCUGAGGACCAUAUCAAGUCAUUCAUGAAACAGCUAAUGGAAGGAUUGGAUUACUGUCACAAAAAGAAUUUCCUCCAUCGGGAUAUUAAGUGUUCUAACAUUUUGCUGAAUAACAGUGGGCAAAUCAAACUAGCAGAUUUUGGACUUGCUCGGCUCUAUAACUCCGAAGAAAGUCGCCCUUACACAAAUAAAGUUAUUACUCUGUGGUAUCGACCUCCAGAACUGCUGCUGGGAGAGGAAAGAUAUACACCAGCCAUUGAUGUUUGGAGCUGUGGAUGCAUCCUUGGGGAACUGUUCACCAAGAAACCUAUUUUUCAAGCCAAUUUGGAACUAGCUCAGCUAGAACUGAUCAGUCGUCUUUGUGGUAGCCCUUGUCCAGCAGUGUGGCCUGAUGUUAUCAAGCUGCCCUACUUCAACACCAUGAAACCGAAGAAGCAAUAUAGAAGACGUCUAAGAGAAGAAUUCUCUUUCAUUCCUUCAGCAGCACUUGAUUUAUUGGACCACAUGCUGACACUUGAUCCUAGCAAGCGUUGCACAGCUGAACAGACCCUGCAGAGUGACUUCCUUAAAGAUGUGGAACUCAGUAAAAUGGCACCUCCAGAUCUACCUCACUGGCAGGAUUGCCAUGAAUUGUGGAGUAAGAAACGUCGACGCCAGCGACAGAGUGGUAUUGUAAUAGAAGAGCCACCUCCAUCCAAAGCUUCUCGAAAAGAAACUACUACCUCAGGGACAACAGCGGAGCCUGUGAAAAACAGUAGCCCAGCACCACCUCAGCCUGCUCCUGUCAAGGCAGAGCCUGGUCCUGGGGAUGCAGUAGGCCUUGGUGACAUCACACAGCAGCUGAAUCAAAGUGAACUGGCAGUGUUAUUAAACCUGCUACAGAGCCAAACUGACCUGAGCAUCCCUCAGAUGGCACAGCUGCUUAAUAUCCACUCCAACCCAGAGAUGCAACAGCAGCUGGAAGCCUUGAAUCAAUCUAUUAGUGCACUGACUGAAGCCAGUUCUCAGCAGCAGGACUCAGAACCCAUAGCUCCAGAGGAAUCGUUGAAGGAGGUACCCUCUGUCUCAGUGGUCGUGCCUUCAGCAGAACAGACAACUCCUGAAGCUUCAAACACACCAGCUGACAUGCAGAAUAUGUUGGCAGUUCUCUUGAGUCAGCUGAUGAAAACCCAAGAGCCAGCAGGUAACCUGGAAGAAAACACCAGUGACAAGAAUAGUGGGCCACAGGGGUCCCGAAGAACUCCUACAAUGCCACAGGAGGAGGCAGCAGCAUGUCCUCCUCACAUUCUUCCACCAGAGAAGAGGCCCCCUGAGCCCCCUGGACCUCCACCGCCGCCACCUCCACCCCCUCUGGUUGAAGGCGAUCUUUCCAGCGCCCCCCAGGAGUUGAAUCCCGCCGUGACAGCCGCCUUGCUGCAACUUUUAUCCCAGCCUGAAGCAGAGCCUCCUGGCCACCUGCCACAUGAGCACCAGGCCUUGAGACCAAUGGAGUACUCCACCCGAUCCCAUCCAAACAGGACUUAUGGAAACACUGAUGGGCCUGAAGCAGGGUUCAGUGCCGCUGACACUGAUGAACGCAGUUCUGGUCCGGCCUUGACAGAAUCUUUGGUUCAGACCCUGGUGAAGAACAGGACCUUCUCAGGCUCUGUGAGCCACCUUGGGGAGUCCAACAGUUACCAGGGCACAGGGUCAGUGCAGUUCCCAGGGGACCAGGACCUUCGUUUUGCCAGGGUCCCCUUAGCAUUACACUCAGUGGUUGGGCAACCAUUCCUGAAAUCUGAGGGAAAUAGCAACUCUGUGGUACAUGCAGAGACCAAAUUGCAAAACUAUGGGGAGCUGGGACCAGGAGCCACUGGGGCCAACAGCUCAGGAACACCUCUUCAGUGGGGGGGCCCAGCUCAGUCUUCUGCUUAUGGAAAACUCUACCGGGGGGCUGCAAGAGUCCCACCACGAGGGGGAAGAGGGAGAGGAGUUCCUUAUUAACCCAGAGACAUCAAUGCCCUGAAAGAUUCCUUCCCUGUCCAUCUUUUCAUUUAGUCCUCUGAACCUUUAAUGAAAUCACUUGCCAGAGCAAGGUAAUCAUCUGCAUUUGACUACUGCAACGCUGUCCGUUGUUUUCCUUGCUCACUUGCUACUAGCAGGCGACUCAUAAUGAUGUUGGCACCAGUUCCUCCUGGAUGGGCAAUAGCUAGAAUAUUUACUUCUGCUUUAUGUAGGAGCUAUAGUAGAAAAUAUGGAGAAAAAGAGACAUUCAGUUGAAAAGUAAUUGUUGCAUUAGCUUAUUGCCUGCACUUGAGCAGAAGAGAGAGAACAGUUUUGUUUUUGAUGGCUCUGGAGAGGCUUUGGUUUUUAAAGUUUUUUUUUGUUUGUUUCAUUGUGUGUGUGUGUGUGUGUGUGUGUGUGUGUGUGUGUGUGUGUGUGUGGUUUCUUUUGAAUUUUUAUUUAGUUCCCCACCCCUCUUUAAAGAGAAGCGUGUUCACAAGAUCUGAGCUCCUUCUUAGGCUUUUGCUAGAAGGGAAACAGUGGCUUUAAUGUUUCCUUCCUCUCUUCAUUCUCACAGUUUUGCUUCAGUGAGCACUGUCCUUACCCCUGUUGAGCAUCUUGUACAUACCUUUUCCAAAUAAACUGCUCAUCCUUAAGUUUGCUCAAUUUUGACAAAAGUUAUGUCCCUCUUCCUGCACAUAAAGCAGGCUGUAGAAAGUGGCAUUCUUGGGCAAGUAGGUAGACUUUACCCAAUCUUUGCUUUUUGCUUGUUACUUUUUCCUCCUCCUUUCUCUCUCUCCUUUUUGUCCCCUCCUUUUUCCUUCCUCUGUGUGUCUACCCCUGUUCUCUCCCUAUAUCUUUUUGAGGCAUUUGUUUGAAAGAAAAUAGAGUAGAGAUGCCCAAGAACCUGGAAGAAUACUUUUAUUUUUUCUUUUCUUUUUCUUUUUCUUUUUUUUCCAAAUAAAGGAAAGGAAAUUAAAACUCCUACAUUGUUCUCUGUAACUCUUCAAUUCUAAAGUUUUUUGUUUUUGUUUUUGUUUUUUAAGCCACGUUCUGAUGGGGAGGUUGAUAUGUAAAUGAUAGUACAUUGCUGCUGAGCUGUGGUUAGAGAUGGUACCUCCAUAUCUAGAGGGGUAAUAAGAUCAAUAAGCAUGUUUACAUGUAUAUAUUUAUGUUUUUAAAAAAAGCCUUUCAAACAGAGCCUUGUGAUACUGUCAGAGGAAAUCCUGAAAAUACAUGGACAUGUAACCUAGCUUAGGGUGUAUAUCUGAAGAUAUAUCAAUCCUGAUACCUUUAAAGAAAAAUGUAAGCAGUUUACCAUGAGAAAAGAACAGUAUUGACAAAUAUACAUCACAGCGUGUAUAGCCUACCCAUUUCUUGUAGGGAUCAUUUUGAUUGUGGUAAAGGGUAUAAAGUAUGAUUUCCUGACAAGAACUUUGCCUUAUCAAAACCGGAAAUGGAAGAGAGAAAGGAUCUCAGAGUGAGAUAACUUGAGAGGCUUUUCAUUUUGGCUUCCGUUUCUUCCAUCAGCAUCUGGAGUAUUUUAAAAACAUAUAUGUCAUAUGAUCUGCACAGAUUUAGGAGUUUGUGAAAUAUAGGUUAAGCUCCCUUUUACAAAGAAAAGCAAAUGUACUUUAUCAUCUUGGAGAAUAGUUUUCAGAACUAAAGUGAAAUUUCAUGUUUCAAUACCAAGUUCUUAAGUUAAAAAAUAUAUUUAGAAAGGUAUAUUAAUUUUUAAAAAAUUUAAAGAGGUGAAGGAACCCUCUUCAGCUACAUAAACAUUAGUUUCCCCUGUUCCUGAAAUAGAUACCAGUAUGUAUAUUUCUUUAUUUUCUGAGUUUUGGUCUGACUUUGCCAUUAGGCCAAACACUAAUAGUAAGUGAACCUUCUAGCCAUUUGGCUUUGACAGCUUUUUUAAUGCCAGGAUGUCCGAUUAGAUAUCCUAGGCACAUUGAGAUGCUAUCCAUAGAUUGCAUUAAAGUUUAUUUGUACCUUCAGUCUGCUACUGGUUAGUCCUCAGACAUGGGCCUUAUUUUAGAUAUUUUAUUGUAAGGUAUUGGCCCCCAGUCCCCUAUUUUUGAUUAAAGAAACUGAGCAGGGAUACUUUCAUAAGUAUCUGCUCAGUGAAAAAAUUGUUUUCCCAUCAAAUAUGAAUAAAUUUCUCUAUAUAUUUUCAUUGUAUUUUGGUUAUGGACAGUCAUCAAUAAUGUUUCCCUUCCCCUCUGCCACACUAUAUUUUUAAUUAUGCCAAAUAGUCUGAAUAAUUUACGUAAGCUUCCAUUUCCCCAUCCCUGCUAGGGAAGGGGGUGAGUGUAUUUGAAUGUAUGUAUAUGUAUGUAUGAUUCCAUUUCACCCCCACCUCAUUUUGGGAGUCUAGCCUUUUAAAAAAUAUUUUUAUAAUUUUGACUACUUCUGAAAGCAGAGGGAAAGAACUCAUUUAAAUAUCCUGAAAUCUGUGUGGAGGAAUAAAAGGUAUUUGGUCAUUUUUCAGCUACAUUAUCUAUAAACAUAAUGGAAGUAAAAAUUUGGCUUAAUUUUCAAGUCAAAUGUUGGAAAAGUAGAAACCUAGUUAAUUCCAUUAAAAAGUGGUUUGGGUUUUAACUAUUAUAUCAUUAUUAAAUACAUUAUUUUGAACAGAUGAGAAAUCUGAUUCUGUUCAUGAAUAGGAGGCAAAAUGGCUUGACCAUGAUCAUUUUUUGUAUGCAGUUUUAAAAGAUUUGCGUGUCCUUAGCUUUUUCAUCUGUCUAUAGGGGUAAGGAUUUACAGGUGACAUAAGAUCUAUGUACUCAAAACAGGGCAGUUAGCACAAGUUUGUAUGUAAGACUUCUGUUAGUUUAUGCCAUAAUCAUCACCCAGUGUGUGUGUGUAUGUAUGUAUGUAUGUAUGUGUGUGUGUAAUAUGCAUAUAUAGGUACAGUGCUAAAGUGGUUACCAGCAGGUUUUGAGAGAGAAUGGUGCAUUGGAAAAGUGUCAGUUGCCACCUCAUUCUCCCUGAUUCAUAGGUUCCUGACACUGUAUUCCUUUCUCUCUCUUGUUUUUGACCCCCAUUGGGUGUACUUUGUCUAUGUACAGAUAUUUUGUAAUAUAUUAAAUUUUUUCUUUCAGUUUAUAAAGAUGGAAAGUGGAGAUUGGAAAAUUAAAUAUUUCCUGUUAAUAUACCACUUUUGCUCCAUUGCAUUUACUUCUGAUUUCUGUACCCUUUGAGCAUAUCUAAUCAUGUUUGAAGGACAUUUUUUUUUCCUUUAUGUUGUGGGUUCUCAAUUUCAGAAAUGCUAUAGACUCAUAAACUACCAAAACAAAACAAAAUUUCUCAGGGUUUGGAGAGGUACUUGAGAACGCUAGAGCAGAAACUAGAGAAUUAAAAAUUGAGUUAGGGGAAUCCAUAAGAACAUGAUUUUAAAAUGAAAAACAUAGAAAACAGAUGGAUGGUAGUAUGAAGCCAUCAAGAGUUGAGCUUCAUGUACCCUGACUGACUCCUCCUGGCAGGAGAGGUAAGUGGGUUUGAGCUCAACAUUCGUCAAAAGAAGCUGGUAAGAAGCUGUUUAGACCCAAAGGAUACUCUGAAACCAGGAUCCCCACCAUUCCACCCAAUCUGGUUUCCACAAUGUUAUAGAAGAGGUUCAACGUGGGCGUUAAUAUAUCCAGCUUUCUUAGAGUUGUUUACAGGUUAAAGUCUGUACUCAUAAAAUCUUUCCCAACUCUACCAGAGGGGAAAAUUGUUUUAGUUCUGCUUAUGGUUUAGAACACUAAGGAGUCCUUGACAAUAUAUGCUGCAGUCUAGCUAGGAAAAAGGCAAAUAAAAUCCAUCAGGAGAAAGGAAGAGGAAAAAUGAACUUUGUAUGUGGGAUGAGCAAGUUGUAGAAGCAUAAGAGGCACCCAGGACAUGGAAAAUGAAGAAUUAAAAUGUUGCUGAGAGUUGCUGACCUGGGCUAAGUUUCUCUUAUGUUUGGUGUCCCUUGACUAUAGGCAAAAUCAUAUCCUUUUCACCCUGAAGGAGAAUAGAGAGUUCAAGAUGGUUCCAGUUUCAAGAAUCUUGUUAGGGUCUCUACAGAGACAGUGAAUUGGUUUUAGGUCAUUAUACAUUGCAUUUUUGUGACUAGAUGUGAAUUUCAAGGUACCAGAGUGUAUUGUUUCCACUUUAUAACAGGCUGUCUUAAUUCUGUGUUUAGAGACUGAGCACUUAACUAGCCUGAACUUUUUUCUCUUCAUACACAAAGCCAUUUCCAUGUAGAAAGCCUUUUCAGUACCCACCCUUUUCCCAGAUACACACCCUUACUUUUAAAAAGGCUAAUGCUUAUAAUAAGUUAACAAUGAGUGUUCUUCAUUGUAAACUGUGGUUUCUAGAUUCCCUCCCCCGCACUCCAUUGGGUUUUAUAAAAUUAGUGAGUGACCUCUCCAUUCACAGUUUAGUGAUUCUGAAGGGCUAGGUGGGAUGAGAAUGAGGAGUUCCUUAGUGAAGAAAUAGCCAACCAUUUCAAGGAGACAGGAUUUGGAGUCUUUUAGUUGGCAUAAGAGGUAAGGUGGCAUUAUUGUCUGGCUAGGUUUUCUCAUGUGUGCAAACACCUCCAAGUGUUUCUAUAGCCGUAGAAACUCAAGAUAAGUAGACGAUUCCUCCAGCCCAGGUGGGAAGACCCCUGUGGGAAUUUUUGGUGUUCUUUGUCUUAUCCCUCCCCACUUUCCUUUUUCUUGCUUCCUCCCCUCUUUCUCUUUUCUUUCCUACUCACUAUCCUACUAGGAUGAUUUCAGUUUAGCAUAAUUACUGAUGACUAACCCUGCUGGGUAUUUAGAGUUGUUACUGUUUCAUAGUUUUCAAAAGAAUUCUCCAGACAAUUCAGAGAACAAAUAUCUGGAUCUUUUAAUUUGUGGAGUGGGAGAUAAAGAGCAAAAAAUAACCAUACUUUCUCAUUGCAGAGGUAUGAAAGGAACUUCUGUGUUAUGUUUCAGUAUUCUUCCUUCCACUCUUUACCUCUUCAUCUUUUACCUCAUCCUAAAGAUGUUACGUUUUUGCUGGUGACAUUUCUAGGUUCAGUUGCAGAUAAUGUAUAUAGGGAAUAAAGCUUGUUGAGAAGGCUAUGAUACAGAGUAGAUGCUCUGGUGAUUAUCACUAGGCCGCCAAAAUGUUUUGACCACUAGGUUGCUCUCCUAUCUCUUAUCUAAAAUUAGUAAUCCAGUACUGAGAAAGACUGAAAUGGAGUUUAGUCUUUCACAAUCUUUAAAUAGGUAAUUAUUGGUAAAGCUUUCUUAAUAUGCAGUCCUCAACUUCCUACUUCUCUGAAGUAAGGAUAUAGGCAUAAAGUUCACUUAGAUGAGUCCUUAGGACCUGGAAGUAAAUGAAGUUUUUAAAUAUUUAUUUUACCAUUUUUCUGUGUGCACGUGCCCAAGAAGGUCAGAAGUGGGUAUUCCUAGUUGAUAGGAUAAAGGAAUAAAGAACAAUGUGUACAAACUGAACCAUCUCUGAGAGAGGCUGUUUGAAGUAGUGUUUUUAAAGGAUACAGUGUAGCAGCCAGUGGGGAAAUGAAGAACAAAGCCUGAGUCUUGGAGCUCUUUUUUCUACCUAAGGGGCUGUCUCAGAACUAGGGUGUCUAAUGGGGGAUCCUACUGGUGAAGAUCACUGUUCGACAACACUUGGCACCAGGCUAAUGCUAGUUUGAAUUUGUUCAGUUAUGGAUAAACAGGCUAAAUGAAAAAGAUUUAACACAUGCGUAGGAGCUUGUGCCUCUAAAUUUAAUUCAGGAACUUCUAACUUGCUUCAGACCAGUAUUUGCAACUUCAAUUAGGACUCAAAGGCCUUAUUUAAAAAAAAAAAAA